AUGUCUGAUAAACUACUGCAGGAGAUUGCCUUGGAAGCAAAGACAUACCUAGUAAAGGAUGCCGAGCAGAAACGCCAGUGUCAGAACAUCUGGAAGCUCAUGCGGGUAGUUGCAGCUUUGCGCCGUGCCGGCAUCCCCACAUUGCCGACGCAGAACAGUGCUGAAGGCUCUGUGAGUUCCUGGGAGUUACAGUCUGGCUCCAUUUCUUUGAUAGGGGAUGAGAACAAGGAAGCCGGCAAAACCAACAGCAAGUUUUGUAGUUUUAUUUGUUUGGCUGUGCGAUGUCAUAGCUUGACUUUCUAA